CCGCGCGGAGCUCGCGCCGGAGGAGGCAGUCUCACCGGGCGACCCCCUGCCGGCGCGGAUGCGCUGAGAUGCCCGGCGGGUGUAGCUGCUGCGAGCCGAGCUUGGGUAGAGGCGCGUCGCAGCGGACGCGGCGCCCCUCGCCAACUCGGUGACUCUUCAGGAGCUGGGACCGGAGCCCCGGAGGCGACAGUGGGGCCCGCGCGGGUGGCAAGGUUCAUUCUUCUAACGUCCCGGGCGGGCACCGGCUGCGGAGCCUCGACCCGGCUCGUCGUCUCCCGCCUCUCCCCCACCCCCUCAGCCCCCAGCGAGCUGGCAGAAGGAAAUAGCGCGCGGCCCCUUUAAAUUUACCCAGGAGCCCUUAAAGGAGCCCCAGGGGCCCCCAGACAGGAAUCCCCACCCCGGUCCAGCCCGCGCCGCCGAGCGAGCAGCCAGCCGUCCGUGCGGCCGGCUGCCUGGUGCAUGCGCCCCGCGCCCCGGGACCCCGCGAACCGAGCGCCCCGCGCGGGCCGUCACCGGCUCCGCGGCCCCGUGCCCCGCCGCCCCGGGGCCCCGCUCCACAGCACAGCGCAUGGAGCCCAGCGGGGACCACCGGAGCCGGAGCGGCAGGGGCGGCCCCGGGCCAGCAGCGGCCUCGGCACGGGGCCGACGGCUGCCGCCCUCCGGAUCGAGCGGCAGCGCGGAGCCCGAGGAGGACGACGGUGGGCAAGAUCUUCAUCUGGAAGGGGGUGCCUUGGGGUCCUGGGGGAGUGCCCCACCUCCUUCUUCCAGGGCCAGGGGACCAGCAUCCGCAGGCAGGAAGUACUCAGACCACUGUGAGGCCUGGGCCUCGAGGCCUGGAAAGAGCCGCAUCCCGGGCCGUGACCACCGGCGAUACUACCAUGACCACUGGCGGCUAGAGUACUUGAUGGACUUCAACCCUGCCCGGCACGGCAUGGUGUGCAUGGUGUGCGGCAGCUCCCUGGCCACGCUCAAGCUCAGCACCAUCAAGCGGCACAUCCGCCAAAAGCACCCCUACUCCCUGCAUUGGAGUCCCCGGGAGAAGGAAGUCAUCAGCAACAGCUGGGAUGCCCACUUGGGGCUGGGGUCCUGUGGAGAGGCCGACGGCCUCGGGGCCCAGGGGGCAGAGGAGGAAGAGGAGGAGGAAGAGGAAGAGGAGGAGGAGGGGGCUAACCUCCAAGCUUGCCCACCCAAGGGCCCAGGCAAAGCCCCAGCUGGCAGGGGUGGCAGGCGCCAGCGACGCGGGGGCCCAGUGGCACCCCGGGCUCGGCGUCAGCGCCUCUCGGCCUCCCGGAGGGCCGGGGGCAGCAGGGGGCUGGGGGCUCGGCGCUUGGAACGGAGGCUGAAGGAGUCCCUGCAGAACUGGUUCCGGGCCGAGUGUCUCAUGGACUAUGACCCGCGGGGGAACCGGCUGGUGUGCAUGGCCUGUGGCCGGGCACUGCCCAGCCUGCACCUGGACGACAUCCGUGCCCACGUGCUGGAGGUGCACCCCAGCUCCCUGGGGCUCAGCGGCCCGCAGCGCAGCGCCCUGCUACAGGCCUGGGGUGGCCAGGCUGGGACACUGUCUGAGCUCUCUCAGUCCCCACCAGACGAUGACCUCGUCCCCCAGGACCUGACCAGAAAAAGCCGGGACUCGGCCCCCGCUGCUGGAGCCCCCUCCUCUCAGGAUCUCAGCCCCCCAGACGUAAAGGAAGAGGCUGGCUGGGUCCCUAAGAGGCCCGGGCCGGCAGGCGAGGGGGUGGGGGUCCCAGGCCGGUGGCCACGAGGCCGAGACCACCGCCGCCACUACCAGGAACGCUGGCGACUGGAGUACCUCAUGGAGCUGGACGGCGGCCGGCGCGGCCUGGUGUGCAUGGUGUGCGGGGGCUCGCUGGCCUCGCUCAAGAUGAGCACCAUCAAGCGGCACAUCCGCCAGCGCCACCCGGGCUCCACGCGCCUCAGCGGGCCUGUCAAAGCCCUCAUCGCCCAGGAGUGGAGCGAGAAGGCCACCCACCUGCUGGCCCUGGGGCUGCCCUGCCCCGAGUCCCCCAAGGACCCUGCCGCCCCCAGCACAGCCGCAGCCUCCGAGGAGGGGGGAGGGGACGAGGAGGAGGAGCCAGAGGAGGAGGAGUGGUGGGGCGAUGCCCCGCUUUCCCCUGGGGAGACAUCGGAGCGGCCUACCGAGGAAGAGGAAGACGACGAGGAUGGCCAAGAGCCCGGGGGACUUGCCUUCCCGCCCCUGCCUCCUCCUCCGCCACCGCCUCCCCCUCCGCCGCCGCCCCGCAGCCGAGAGCAGCGGCGAAACUACCAGCCGCGCUGGCGGGGCGAGUACCUGAUGGACUACGACGGCAGCCGGCGCGGCCUGGUGUGCAUGGUGUGCGGCGGCGCGCUGGCCACACUCAAGGUCAGCACCAUCAAGCGCCACAUCCUGCAGGUGCACCCCUUUUCCAUGGACUUCACCCCCGAGGAGCGCCAGACCAUCCUGGAGGCCUAUGAGGAGGCGGCGCUGCGGUGCUACGGCCACGAGGGCUUUGGGCCGCCGGCCCCGGCGCCGCGCGACGGCGGCACGGACCUCAAGGCGGGCGCUGUGUGUCGGGCGUAACCGGCGUAGCCGACUCGCGGGCCGGGCGGGGGCGGCCCUUGGCUUGGGAGAGCGCCGCCGCCGCCCCCCGCUGGCCGGGCCGGGCGGAGAUUGAGGAUCGGCGGGGUGCCAUGGCACGAACUCCCGAGUUGGCCGGACUUCCGGCCCUGGCCCUCCACGCGCAGGGCCCCGUUUCCCGAGGAGCCACAGCGGUCUCCAGGCGUCUGCACCGAGCGCUUGCAGCCUCGGCCAGGCGACCUUGUGCGGGACCAGGAUGGGGGCGCCUACAGUCAGUAUUAGGACCCCAAGGGGGGCUGGCGGGAAGGCCCCUUCCCUGGCCUGGGUCCCAGCUUGGCGGUGUUGCACGCCGGCAGGCUAGGUGCCCGGGUCCGGCCGGCUGCCUUGGCCCUUGGUGUUCUCAGCCGCCCCAAGCCUGUACUGCCGACGCAGGCCUGCACCGGAGGCGGGGCCCGAGAGCCUGUCCGGGCUGGAAGGCGCGUGGGACCGCGGGGCGGGGCGGGGGCGGGGGCGGGGGCGGGGCGGAGCUGGGCCGGGGUCCGCUGGCUGCGCCCUGCUCGCUGGGCAAGCUCUGCGGGGAUAGCACGCUGGCGGCCGCAGCCGCCUCCCUGCGCCCGCCUUACCGCGAUCUUGUAAAGGGAUUAGUACUUUCUCCUUUGCUCCUCUUCUGCUACGGAGGCCUCUGUUCACCCCUCCGCUCAGACGCUGCUGCUUCAUUGAAGCGCCUCCAUGGGUCCAAACCCGGGACACUGGAGGUCCCGGCAGUUGGCAGUAUAUUCCCGUUCCUUCCCUGUCCCCCCUUUGUACGCGGUGGGCGCGCCACCCGUUCUCAGUCCCCAGGGCCUGGGGCCGAGCCUCGGCCUUCCUUUCUCUUCCCCGCGGCAGUGCCAGGCCCUGUGGGGCCGGGAAGGGGCCCCGCGAUCUCCCAGGCAGGUCCGAGAGGGAUGUGUAGAUUCAUUCUCCUGUGGAGAACAGGUGGCCCCGAGAUCAGGCCCUUUUUGCUCUUUGUAUUUUAUUUUGAAACUGUAUUUAAUGCUUUUAUAUGAGAGGGGAGGGGCGGGGAGAGAGCUGUCCCAGUCACCCUUAUGUGCAAAUGUCUUAUUUAUUAUGCGUGUAUCAGAGAUAAGCUGUGAGGUGGUGGAGGAAGUACUUCAAGGAGCAAGGACAGAGGGGAUGAGAGGGUCCCAAACAUCCCAGGCCGUGACUCUCCGGGCCCCGGUGUCUGCUCCUCAUAGAGCCAGGCCAGUUCUUUGGGCCUCAAGGCCUGAGAAUGGGGAGGUCAGCCGGUGGGACUGGACAGCCGGGCCCGGAGGUGGAGGGGCCCUGGGGCCUGGGGUCGCCUCUGUGGGUGAGAAAGCAGAUAGCAACGAGGAAGCCCUUUCUCAUCCCAGCCCCCCACAGACCAGAGCCCAAGGUUCAAGUGCCUCAGGCCCAGCCCCCUGGACUCUUCCUGAUUUGGGAAUUGGAUUUUAUAUCACAGAUUUUAUAGCAUUUUUAUAUAAUUCAAGAUUGUCAGAGUUGGAAAGACCUUGGAGACCAAGUAGCAUCUGCCCCCACCCCCUUCACGGAUUGGUAAAACAAAGCCCAGAAACGGAAAUGAUCACGCAGCCAGCUGGGAGCAGUACAGAAACUAGAAUAAAAACCAACUUCCAGUUCAGUUUCUUUGCACUACAUGACACUGCCUCCCGAAGUCUGGUCAACUAUAGAGAGUUCCUGCCAGGCCCGCCCUAGGGCGGCGCGGGCCGGGUGCUGCAGGCUACCACAGUGCAGUCCGUUGUGAUCUGGGGAUGGCAGAAAACCGCACCCUUCCCUGACCGAGUCCUCUUCCCGGCAGGUCUUGCUGCCGCCAUAGGCUUCAGCUGGGGGCGUGGGCAGCGGCCUUCUGCAGCGAACCUAGGGUUUGCCGCCUGGGCCAAGGCCUCCGAGGUCCUCCCUGUAAGGCAAGGGCUCAGGAAUUGUGUCCCCAGUUGCCGCCUCCAGGGAGCCUGCAGAUCCUGCACGGGCCCUCAGUCGACGGGAAAGGGAAUCACCAGUGUGAACCUCCAGGGCUUUUGAAACAGUAUUACAAGCUUGAGACCAAGGAUUAUGGAUGGCACCAGGCUGGGUACUGCCAUUCUUUUAUUUUCCUUUACACAUUGUUUUCAGAUCCAGAAUGAGUAUUCUAACACGUCUGCUACUCUGUUCAAAAACAGUAGGCAUAUGGGGGCAAACCUGUCGUAGUCACCCACGCCCACUGCUGAAGGUCAGGUAAGCCAGGACAGGGAGCUGGUUAGGAGUGGUAUUUCUUUCCUCUGGAUAGGCAGGGACAGGCCUUAGGCCCACAGGAGGGGAUGGCUUUCCUGACACUCCAGUGGUUCUGAGUGGCCACCAGACCAGCAGUGUUGUAUCAGAAAACUCACAGAAAUGGAAAUUACCGGGCCCUGCCUGACUGAGGCAGAAUCUGGGGCGGGGCCCAGCCAUCUCUGGGAAGCCCUUCGACCAGACCAGCCUCGCUGCAGUGCCGAGCCCCGGUGACCCAGACGUGCCCCUGGAGCAAUGGCCUCACUGCUGAGGGGUCAGGGGGUCCUCCUCUCUAGGUGACCCUCCUUGUCCCCAGAGUCGGACAUGAACAGGUGAAGUCUCUUCAUGAAUUUUUUGUUAAUGGUAUGCUUGCUAUUAUGGCCAAUAUGUAAAUGUUACUCUGAAUACAUAUUUAUAUACCAUGUUAGUGACAUUAUUUGGACAUUUGUGUGCGUAUUCGUGAAGUUUGCAUCAGCUAUUUUUUAAAUUUCAGCCUAAGUUUCCUAAGAGGUAUGUUGAGUAAAUUUCUAAAUUCCAGCGUAAGGUCACGGCAGCCUUAGUGUUGGAGAAGGGCAAGUCCCAGGUGACCAGUUGUUUCAGCGAAGACCGACGUGUUUAGUUUCCAUUCUCCAUGGCGACUGACUCGCAGAUUUUUAAGUGCUUUGUAGCCAUGUGUGGUCAGAGGCUGCUUCCUGUGUUGCAGGCGGGGAGCCCUCCUAGGUUGGGGUGAGGCUGAACCGGGAGAGCAAGCCCCGCCGCCGCCUUCCACUCCUCAUGUUCCUCCUGAGCUCACUUCUUGGUGGGGCUCUUACUUUCUUUCAGAAACCAAAUGCACAUCUUUGCUCUACUAUGGAAAUUCUGCAAUUGUGGGCAUCAAUGCCGGUUACCAGCUGUUAGUUGCUUUUUAACGCCUCAGAAGUGGAGCGGGGAUGGGGGGCCCGUGGAAGCCUUGCCUGGCUCUUCUUUUACCCAAACUGUGUAUAGAGAAUAAAGUUAGCAGAACGACA